UAGUCCAUUCAUGAGAUGGCGGAUGCACACACACACGCACACACACACACACACACACACACACAUACACAGGGGCAGAGCGAGCGCAACAACGAGUUGCAGUUUUUAGCGCCCGAGGCUGUGUGUUGGGGCCGAGCGCUUUAUCUGCCAAAGCUGUAAAUAUCCGCGAGAUUUACAACGCCAGCAACGACUACGACUACGACUCCGACUCCGACUCGGACUGCGACUGGAACUCGGUAGAUGUCGAGAGCGUUGCGUAUCUUUUCAUUUGAAUCGGUAUCGAGUGUUUGUUUUGCAUCGUUGCCAGGCAUUCGACAGGCACGACAAGAAGACAACACGACUCCGGCAUCGCCAUAACGCAUCCGCAUUAACGCAAUCGCGGCUAAUCCGCGCCGAUAUUCGCAGCAGCAACAGCUAUAUAGGUGCAGAUACAGAUACAGAUACAGAUACAGCUGCAGAUACAGCUACAGAUACAGAUCCAGUCGCUGCAGCGACUAUCCAACAGAUACGCGGCCGCAACCCAAAAAAAAAAAAAAAAAAAAAACAAAACAAUCAACAAAAAAAAAAAGCUCUAUAUAAAUACAAAGAAUACAAGAGUUUUCGCUGUGCUCCACUUGCGGCCCAUUGUUGCCACUUGGGCUGUCAACGUAACUCACAAUUGAAUUGUUCCUUUGUCUUGUGUGUCGCCCGAUACCGAUCCCGAUCUCGUUCCCGUUCCCGCACCCGCUCCCGCACCCGCACCCGAGCCCGAGCCCACUUGGACGCCCGUUUCCGAUUCCGUUUGCCAAUUUCUGGUAGCUCGCAUAAUUGGCAUCAUCCACGGCCCACUGUCAACGUUCUCGACUCCGACUCCGACAGCGCCUCCGUUUGUUGUUAGCCGCCAGCUUUGGGCCUCGACUUGACUCGGCUCAGCGAUAUCUCGGCAAGAUGCUGGUGCCGCCGGAUAUGAUGGCCGCCCAGACGCGCAUGAUUUACCAGCUGAAUCGUUUCAGCGCCGAACGCGUCCAGGCGCGCAUCUUCAAAACGGCAACGGCCAUUCGAGAGAUCUGCAAAAUUGUCCAGGACAUACUCAAGGAGGUGGAGCUGCAGGAGCCGCGCUUCAUAUCCAGCCUGGUCGAGUGCAAUGGCAGAUUCGAGGGCGUGGAGGUGAUCUCGCCGAAUGAGUUCGAGAUCGUGCUCUACCUGAACCAGAUGGGCGUCUUCAACUUUGUGGACGACGGCACCCUGCCCGGCUGUGCGGUGCUCAAGCUGAGCGACGGACGCAAGCGUUCCAUGUCCCUCUGGGUGGAGUUCAUCACCGCCUCGGGCUAUCUGUCGUCGCGCAAGAUUCGCGCCCGCUUCCAGACGUUGGUGGCGCAGGCGUGCGACAAGAGCAUCUAUCGGGAUAUGGUCAAGAUGAUUGGAGACACCACCGAGGUGAAGCUGCGGAUCAGGGAGCGCUUUGUGGUACAGAUAACGCCGGCCUUCAAAUGCUCCGGCAUCUGGCCGCGAUCGGCGGCGCAUUGGCCCAUGCCGCAUAUACCCUGGCCGCAUCCCAAUAUCGUGGCCGAGGUCAAGACCGAGGGCUUCGAUCUGCUCUCCAAGGAGAGCAUCAUUAUGCAGAACAAGAACAACAAUGCGGCUAGCAUGGAGGGCGAUGCUUGGGUCCUAAGUUUUUUCGAGGCCGAGAAUCGCCUGCUGCAAGGUGGCUGCCGUCGUCGCUGCCUGAGCAUAUUGAAGACACUGCGUGACCGUCACCUGGAGCUGCCCGGCAAUCCGAUCAGCGCGUAUCACCUGAAGAAUCUGCUGCUCUACGAGUGCGAGAAGCAUCCGCGUGACUUUGAGUGGGACGAGAGCUGCAUUGCGGACCGUUUGAAUGGUAUAUUCCUGCAGCUAAUCUCCUGCCUCCAAUAUCGACGCUGUCCCCACUAUUUUCUGCCCAGCCUCGAUAUGUUCAAGGGCAAAUCCCCCAGCGCCCUCGAGCAGGCUGCCAAGCAGGUCUGGCGUUUGACUCGUGAGAUGCUCACCAAUGCCAAUGCCUUUGAGAAAUUGUAAGCGCUGCAACAGAGAGCGAGAGCGAGAGAGAGAGAGAGAGACGGUAUGUGUGUGUGUGUGUGUGUGUGUGUGUGUGUUUGUAUGAUUCAAGGUGCUAAAUUUUCAUUGUCACAGCGCGGCGAUUGCGUUGAUCUGAUAAGCGAAAUGCCCUCAGUGGCUGCCAUUUUGUGCCAUGUCUGUCUGUGUGUGUGUGUGUGUGUGUGUGUGUGUUUGCGUGCGUGCCUGUGUGUGUGUGCGCAUAGCAACAACAAUAGCAAGCGGCGAAAAGCCGAAGUGUUAAUGCAAAGAUGAGAGAUAAGCCGCACAUUGCCCACUCCUCAAACCAAAUUCGACUCUUUUGCCGCCUGUUACCGUUGCUGCUGCUGCUGCUGCUGAUGCUUCUUUAUGCCCAUUGCACGCCUGGCUGCUUAUCCGGCGAAUAUUGUUUUUAAUAACUCGCCGCUUUAAGCAUGUUUCGCCUUAUGGCCAAACACAAUGCCAGCAACAGCAACAGCAGCAACAGCGAAACAACAAAACAAAACAAAGCGAUACACAAACAGUCACAACAACAACAACAACAACAACAAAAGGAAUAGAGAAAAAAAGAGCAUUUGUCGGCUUUGCUUUGCAAGUGUGCUCAAGUGUAAGCGAAUGCGCUCUCAUUAUCGAAAUUGAGUACUUACUCAUUUAAGUACUCGCUGUAAGUAAUAUAUGUAUGUACACCCAUACAUACGCAGCUGUAUACGAUAAGAACCUACUUAAAUUACACAUAUGUACAUACAUACAUAUAUGUAUAUAAAUAUAUAUACAAUGGAUUUAGAUAUCAAGAUAUUCGUUUAUCCCCAUGUCUGACUGAAAAAAUAAGAAAGUUAAAAGUUACAAGUAAAAAGAACAGAGAAAUAUUCGCAUCGAACAUGCAUUAAUAUUUGUCUUCCCCUUUAAAUUAUAAUAUUUAAUGUAAGCCAUAUUCUUUCAUCUAUUUUUUUUUUUUUAAUUAAUUGUUGUAUUUGUAGAUUGCUUAAGAAACAGUUGAAUGCAAUAAAUUCUAAAAUAGCCCAAGGCAGUUAUAUAUACCAUAUA